AUGAUGCCGCCACUUGUGCGCAUCGCGGACGCGGAGCCUACGUCGAGCCGUUCCUCUUGUCCCGCCUCGUACGGAGCUCGAGAAGACAUCGGCGACGGUGGCAAGGCCGUCAUCAGCGGUGCCGUUUCACCUGCUCUGGCUCGGGAGCUUUCUCUUCUCUCGAAUGAUGACCUCAUCCAGCGCAUACACCGCUUUAGUCGCUCCAACUUUGUUCCUGCGCAGCGGCCGCUGCUCUACGCGCAUCUUAAGGAGUUCAUGAAGCCUCAGCGUUUGGCGUACGCGUCUACCAAGACGGUUCAAGACCACCUUCAAGUCGCGAACGCAGCUGACAUGCAUGAGACAUGCAUCGAGCUCUACCACGCCGCCCGAGAGCACAUGUCCGCUGCAGCGCUCAUGCUGCGAACUCCCUGUGCUCCUCUAACUAAUGGUUCUGCCACCGGCGUCGGGCAGCCGGAUGCCGGCGGGCACGUCGGCCUGUCGACAGCGAGCGGCAGCGGCACCAAUUUGGCCGCUGAUGGCGCGGUGCUUGUAAGCGCGUUCGUGGUGGAUAGCGCGUACGCCACACAGCGCACCUCGGAGCUCACACGACUGGCCUCCUACUGCGUCACGCAAUUGCUGGCGCCUCUGCAUGCCGAAGGGCAUGACGCCACCACAGGAGAUGCAAGCCCUGCGACCCCGAAGGUUUUGCGGUCGUUGGCGGUUCGAACGCCGCGCGAGGUUGCAACAGAGCUGUCGCUGGUGCGUUGCUUAUGGCGCGCGUUAUGCUUGGCAGAGUACUACAAGUGCGCCGAGGCCACCAGCACGCAGGCGGUGAAAGGGUGCAAGGAGCAGGCGCUUGCCGACGCUCUGGCAAUUCUGGAUGCGUGCCGGCAAGUGGCUUCCGUGCGGAGGGAGGCAGCCGUGGCGGUGCUGGCUGCAGUGGCGAACGGGCACUCAUCCUCUUCAACGACAACACCAGCGCUAUCGGAGAGGCAGUCCUCGGAGUUGCUGGCCGAGGCACUGAACUUUGUUCGCUACGCCUCCCUCGACGAUGAUGGCGAGUUCGCCUUCUACCAGUUCUGCAAGGAGGAGGGGAUUCUGUGGUCACCACAGCCGCUGUCGUGGAGUGUGCGACGUGAGACAAGCGAUGCCGCCUCGUCGCUGUCCUCUGCAGCCGGGGUUGGCCGCGCGAACACGUUCGCGCACAGCGAGGACGAGGUGCAGGUGUUCUACGCCGCGCUCAUCGACACGUGUGCCGCAGGGCGGCUUGUCCCCGAAGCGCUGCUCUACUUCACUGAAGCGAGGCGCCUUCUUGGUUGCCCACCACUCGUGGACGGCGAGGACAUAGGUGCGGAGACGGUGCUGCUGCUCGGGGCAGAGGGCGGAAGAGGGCCUCGAGUCAGCAGCGUGGCGGCGGCCACCACUUUGAAGACGUCACUGGAAGCAGUCGAUGCUGUGCCGCGUGCACUGCCACCGGCAGCAUCUGCCGCCACUGCUGAAAGCAGCGAUCCGGGUAUGUCUGCUCCUCUUUCUCCACUGAGCCACCCAGCAACCGUUUCUUCCGGUGCGCAUGGUGGCAAGCUCGGCUUCAGCACCGCCACGGCUGGCUUUGCCUUGACAGAGCUUCUUCUUCACCGACUCCUUUCGGUGCUGCAGGCGGCCAAGAAAAACCACCACGUAGUGCGCCUCGCACGAGCGCUCAUCGCAGCAGGGGCCGUCUCGCAGAUAAAGGCGCACAUGUGGACAGUGCUUCUCAUCUCCGCCGGCGCCGUGCGGGCGGCGGACGUGGUGCUCGCGGUGUACGGCUACGCCUUGGAGCGACUGGCCAGUCCUGCAGGCAGUGAAGGCAGUAGCGGCAGGGGCUACACGACUGCUGAGGUGUGCACACUGGAGUACCUCUUGCAAACCUCACUCAACGCGCUUUCCAAGUGCCAGCUACCACGCUACGAGCAAGAUUACCUCCAGCCCGCGCGCGACGCGCAGGUGCUGCAUUGCACGGACGAGUUCUAUUACAGCUGCCUUCUGCAAGAGGCUCACAACUCCAUGUGUCCGGCGCAGCGGGCGGCCGAGGUGCUGGCGAGGAUGGAGGAGGCAAAGGUACCUAUGACAACGCCGAUCGUCUCACGGCUGCUGAAGCUGUACCUGCGAGUGGAGGCGCCAGAGUUCAUUAGGGUGUACCGCCACGCCGUCGACGACCUGGGCCUGCCACUGCGCUCUGUGUGGGCCGACCAGCUCCUGCUUUGGGCCGACCGACGCCGCUAUUUUCUCUCUGCCGAUGACCGUGAGUACGUUGUGCAGCAGCUGCUGCGCUCGCGGCGAGUGGCGACCGUGGCUGACCUCCAGCCCCUGCUCGGUGGCCUUCGCACACACUUUGCCCUUCUCUAUUAUGAUCACACGCACGCCGCACGCGAGCAGUUCCUCAGAGACGGGUCAGUGCCAGUGGAGCAGCCAACUGUGACGGACUCUCGCGCGCAUUUUCUGAUGACACGGCCGAUGAGCGUGCAGCGGGGCGUCAUGGCGCGCGCGGGGACGUCGUGGGUGUGCAAUGGCGUGGGUGGCGAGGAGCUGGUCGAGGAGGAGACGAGGCGACACGGGAUCUUGCCUCGCAUGCUGGGCGAUGCGCCCCGCCGCACUCUGCAUGCCGGCAUCGCGGAGCUGUCGGAGACGCCGUUGCUGUUUCCUAUCGCCGAUGGCACUGCCGGCGCAGGCGACUCGGAACGGCUGCACGACAGGGCGCUUCGAGUGUACUUGGCCGAUGUCUUGGACGGACUGCAGCGCUCUUCCAACUGGGUGAUAUAA